CACAGAAAGGACGGGAGUGCCGUUUCGGCUAGCCGCAGAAGGAUAGGUCCUCGUUCGGUGAGUUUCCCCAAGCCGGUCGUCGUUGGCGACAGAAGCAAAGAUGAAGGGGUAAACCGCAGAUGGAUGAGACCAGACUCCCUCACCCCCCCCCCUUCCUACCGAAAAAGGGGGCGAGAAGUAGGUCCGGGUUCCCGCGUAGGAUGAGCACGAAAGCCGGGGUAGCUGAGAGACAUGGACGGAUAGUCCAACUUAACAUGAUCAUCCUGCACAAGGAACUUGUAGUCUGCCAUUUCUCUCUUGAUUCUACAAUUUCCACUGCCGUGGGACGAAGAAGAAGCGCCUUGUCUUCUCCCAGGACAAUCCCUCGUUCCUACAAGAUUCCCGGAGUCCUGGUCCUGCUUCACCGAACUCACGCAUUACCUGUGUACGCAAAGAGCUCCAGAACGCCCGCCCACCCUUGACACAGCUCCCGUCUCGAUCCAUGAUUGCCGGUCCUCCCCCCCCCCCUUCCAUCCCCCGGACCGCCAUUGAACGCCUCUCCCGUAGCCCACGCUCC